AUGGUAACAUACGUGAAAAACAUCGGAGCAAGCCAAUGGCCUGCAAUGUUGAAUAGAUUAGAGGGCGCCACUGAGGCGUUCAUCAGAGAAUGUGUCUCCGACAUGGGGACAAACAAAUUCACGGGGUACCAUACCCUUUUGGAAACGGAAGACUCCUUUGGGGAGGCUUUCGACAAACAUGGGGCCAUCCAGGCCCACUUGGAUACUACUAUCCCACAAUUAAUUAGCAGAGAAGGUGGUGAGUCCGACAUGGACAAAGCAAUGUUGUAUAUUGCUAAAGAAGACAACUGCAGGGUCAAUUAAAUGAAUGAUGAAACCUACAGGGUCGAAUACCACGACAUAGUUCAAGAAUCCAACGAAUUAUUUCCAAAACUCGACACUCAAACGGUUGUCGAACACUUUAUUAAAAAAUACCCAAUGAUUGAAACCGAAAAAGGACCAAUCAAAUUAACUAUCCAAAACAUUCAACAUGAUAAUAUCGGUAUUUUCCGUUUAAGUCACGGAGUUACAGACUGGCAAGUAGAAAGAUACAUUGAAUCAUUUUUCAACAACAAAAGCAAAAAGUGGAGAUCAACAUUAAAGCUGAGAGCCAAUAUACCAGUUAAAGAAGGGGAGGAUAUAGACUUUACAGUCUUGAAAAGUUGCAAAAACGAAGCAGUUAAAGGAAGUACUAAGGCAAGAUACGGGGAGUCCACCGCAUCAUUCUUUAUGAUUGGUUGGUCAGGGAACCGGAUGCCAAAAAAGACAAGGUACUUUUAGAAAACCAGGAGAUUAGACCUUGCUUCUACGGCUAAAUUCUGCACCACUUGUCGUACCUUAGGUCACACAAGAUGGACAUGCACUUAUGGAAACCACUGCUGCCGUUGCAAUGAGAACUCCCACUCCACCGGUGGUCACUUUGCCUACAUAGAGGCACAAGAGGCCAAGGUAGCAAAGACCACCGGUUAUACACUCAUAUCAAAAAAUAAAAAAAAGAGGAGGGUCCAGAUCCCUGGAUACCCACCAAAAAAUCCACCGGCCAAUCAAGGCCAAACUAUUUCAACCGAUCAAGGGACCACUAAAAACUUACCAGCCGACCAAGGCCCAACUACUCCAGCCGAACAAGGCAAAACUACUUCUGCCGAACCUGAAAAGGUUCAAAACUCAAGUGAAAUCACUGCCCCAACAGAACCUGUCUCCCAAGAUGGUGUUCAAACUCCCAGUGAAAACACUUACCCAUUUAAAACUGUUGUUACAAACAGGAUUCCAACCAUCAGUGAACACACUGAACCGGUCGUUGAAGGCCUUAACAAAAUAAACUACACCAACAACUCCACUGUCACCACACCAAAACCAGCAAAACCAUUGGAAAGUGUGUGGAUGAACGAAACCUCUAAGGAGGAUGAAGAGACAACUAUCUUGGAAGAAAGAAAAGUCCCAAGAAUAAGAAAACCAACACAAAACCCAGUAUCUAUGUCUUCUGAAGAAGAUGAUGAAAAUGAUGCUGAUUAUACUGAUGAAACCAUGGAUGAAGUUUCUGAACAAGAUUCAGAAGAUGAUAACAUGGAAACAGAAGAUUACCAAGAUGGAAUUACUAAUGUUGUUGUACCAGAAGCAACAAUCAACCAUCUACCGCUACCCGCGCAUUUU